CUCUCCUCAAGGUUACUAAUGUUGCGGCUUCGACUAACUCAUUAUUCGCGUUGCUCAUACUUCACGAGUUCUUUCAGUUAUAUUAGCAAAGAACUGUUCCAUCCUGAUCAUUUGCACGUAAAAGCGAUAACAAAUCUACUUAUUGGUGUUCAUGAUAAUCUAGGAUUGCCAUGGGGACUGACAAUUGCAACCACUGCUAUCCUAGUACGAACAGUUGUAGCCGUUCCAUUGUAUAUCUACGCUGAGAGGAACCAAGCUAAAGUUUCACAUAUUGCCAUUGAAUGUCAACAAAACCGACAGAUGAUGCAAGCGAAACUUAGUAAUUCUGAGUGUUAUCGUAAUUUGAGUAAUAAGAGAAAAUUAGUGCUUGAAAAUCAACUGUUCAGACGUGUCUUCAUUGAAACAUGCGAAAAAAAUGGAUGUCACCCAUUGAAAUCGUCAGUUACAGGAAUAAUCCAAAUCCCAUUGUGGCUCACAUUCACAUUCUCUAUCAGAUACUUGAGUGGAUUCCAUCUGUAUCCGCAAUCCGAUUCCAAUAAUCGUAAGUCUCGUGACUUAUUGGUCUUUAACAGUUUGUCACUUGUGUACUCGAAGACACUCUCAUCUUAGAAUAUGUGGGAGCACAAUGUGCUAUUCCCAGUAGGUCUCACGCGCUAGAUAUGAUGUUUUAUAAAUCAAUAUUAUUUUACGAAGAACGUUCGUCAACCACAAAUUUUUGUUUGAUUUAAACCUUUCUCAGAGCCAUUCCUUCUAGGAUACUAUAAAAGCAAGGAUUCCUCUACGCACAAAAAGUUCCUUAAGUAAAUAUUACUAAUUUUCACAGCAUGUUACAUUGUAUAAGGAAGUAAUAUUUCAGCAAACGCAUUACAUGCAAACUUCGGGAGUUAUUAGCAAUCGUAUCUCAAAGAUUAGGCAUAACGAGUCCUCAGCAUCACAUAAUUACUUGGUUUGCAAUCAUUGUUGGUAAAAGUACGGACCAACAUUUAAUAACAUGCUGUGUUCUCGAAAAAAAUUGAAGAUAUGUAUCAAUGCUUCAAUUCCUAGUCCCAAGUUACAUAUGAAUGUUUAUCACCAUAUGCUUGUGGUUCAGUGAAGUAAGAAUCAUAAGUUUACCUACAAAGCCAUCUACUUGUGAGCUAGUUUCAAAAAGGCUCGUCAGUUUACUGUCACAUGGUCCCUGUUACACAGAGCAAUGCCCAGUGUAACUGUACGAUCUCACCAGGUAGUGACUAAAAUUUCGAUGAUAUUGACAACGAUUUUAAUUUGCAACAGGCCACUGUUCUCGCUUCUGUCAGUUAUUAAUAGUUGUAUUCUUAAGGUUGCUCGUGAUUCAAUUCUCCAUCGUUGGUAAAAAGACAAACCAAUAUAGCAGCGCAGGUUCACAUCUCCAAAAAUAAGAUCACUCGUAAAAGUGAGACAGAACAUCCGGACUACAAAAUCAAUGAUUGCCGAUCCGUCUCUCAACGUUCCGUGCUCAAGUUUCCUGCUUCCCUCCAUAUGUACGUUAGCCGGAUUGGCAAAUGUAGAACUGGCGUGUUUAAGACGACCUCUGUUCUUCAAUCCGAAAUCUAAUUCUGUAAUACCAGAUCCUUUACCUUAUAAUGCUGUGCGAUUUGUUGGUUGGGUUGGAAAUCUCGCUCUUUUCGCGUGUUGCAGCUUUUUUCCAAAAGCAUUUGUGAUUUAUUGGUGUACAUCUUCAAUUCACCAACUAUGUAUACAUCUUUUGAUAAUGCACCCUUGUUUACGAAGACUGCUUGGUUUAUGGACCAUACCCCAUGAAGGACAUUAUCCGUAUAAAGUUCUACUUAACUCAAUGUAUCAUCGCUAUAACAUAUCAAAAUGGUUGCAAAAUAAAAAGUCAUAAGUAACAAUUAGUUGCAAUUUUUUAUUAUUUGUGUCGCAAGUAGCUGGCUAUACACUUCUGACUAACUUAUUUUUAUGUAUUAUUCAUUAGUACUCCUAAAAGUGGUACCAGGAAUCACAAGAUAAAUAAAACAUACGUAUAGGAAAUAAUUUUGUUGAAAUCUUCACCUCCAAACUAAAGA